AUGGCGACAGCUCGUGAGCACAACGACACCGUGCGCGGUCCAAGUUUUGAGAAGACCACAAACGGUACCAGCGCAAUGGACCACGCGGCGACCAACGGCGCAGGACUCCCUAAGCAAAGGGCUCCAUACGACUAUGGCGGCAACCCUCUUGCCCACGUCGCUACGAACGACCCAGACCUACGCCUUGCAGCCUUUGGUGGUGAAUUCCAGCCUGGUCUAUACAGGCCGCCGAACCGCAAGUUCGCUAACCCAGCUCCCCUGGGUCUGUCGGCUUUCGCCCUGACCACGUUUGUCCUUUCUUUGAUCAACGUCAACACUCGCAGUAUUGGUCACCCCAACAUUGUUGUGGCUCUUGCAUACGGUUAUGGAGGUCUCGUCCAGCUUUUGGCCGGCAUGUGGGAAAUGGCUGUUGGUAACACAUUCGGUGCUACUGCUCUGUCAUCCUACGGUGGUUUCUGGAUCGCCUUCGCUAUCGUUCUCACUCCCGGUGGAUUCGCCAUUGAAUCAUCUCUCGUCGCGGAGGGCGAGUUCUACGACUCGUUCGGUCUUUUCCUCAUGGGCUGGUUCAUCUUCACCUUCAUCCUGCUUCUCUGCACGCUCCGAUCGACCGUGGCCUUCUUCUUCCUCUUCUUUACCCUCGACAUGGCUUUCCUCUUGUUGGGAAUUGGCUACUUGAAUGCCGAUGCCGCCGGUCCUCAGGGCGACUGCAUUGUUGCUGGUGGUGCCUUCGGUCUCAUGGCCGCUUUUGCUGCCUGGUAUAACGCACUGGCUGGUAUUGCGGACAGCUCCAACAGCUUCUUCGUCAUCCCCGUGGCUCACUUCCCCUGGUCUGAGAAGGGCCGCGAGCGUCGCAACAAGGUUGACAACUCGUCUGCCCGUGAGCACCAAGCAUAA